AGACUCACGGUAUGAUUCAAAACUAUAUGUAUGACAAUCAGACCGGCGAUCACUUUUUAAUGGGUCCGCACCCAAACGCCUCACACACUCAUUGGUGGACACAGAGUGAGCCGCUGUGGAUAACAGCCGAGAAACAGGGAAUUAAGACCGCUAUGUAUUUAUGGGACGGAUGUCAAGUGGCAUUCAAUGGCAUCGAAGUUACCCAUUGUGUUGAAUAUCAUACGGUCUCCGAAGACCAAAGCAAAGCAGAUGACGAAACCCGAAAUUAUAGUCAGAAAAUUUUAGACGAUUUUGCGGACGAUAAAUAUGGGCUCGUAUUUCUGUACCACGAAAUGGUCGAUCACAUCGGUCAUGCCUUUGGACCCAAUUCUCCAAACAUUAGAGAAGCCAUUAAAGGAAUCGAUGAAAUUCUUUACGAUUUAUACAAUUCGUUAGCGAAGAGAAAGUUAGACAAAGAAGUGAAUGUUGUCAUCGUUUCCGAUCACGGAAUGACACAACUCGACGAUUUCAAACCAAUUGUUUUGGAAGACCGUGUUGAUUUUAAUAACAUCGAGGUAUUUCUUGGGGGAGGUUCUGGAGCACAGAUUACACCCAAAGCCGACAAACUAGAUGAGGUCUAUAAGCAGUUACGUAGAGUGAAAGGCAUUAAAGUGUAUAAAAGAGAUGACAUUCCCAAACAAUUUCAUUAUAAACACAAUUCAUUAGUGUUGCCUAUUUUGGUGACCGUUGAUAUCGGUUAUACUCUUCGAGCCCCUAGAAUUGAAGGAGUGGUAUAUCCUGCAAACCAACCACAGAAAAAGCCAAGGGGUGGUAAUCACGGCUAUGACAUUAACGACAUUGAUAUGAGAGGCAUUAUGUAUGGUUUUGGACCCGCUUUUAAGAAGAAUUUUAUGGCACAACCAUUAGAAAUGGUCGAUCACUACAACCUAUUCUGUCAUUUAUUGGGUAUUAAUCCCAUCCCUAAUAACGGAACCGAUAGUAAAGUGCGAGAAAUGCUUGUAAGCAACAUCGAAAAUGAUAUAAACGUUAGAUUCAAACGGAAUCCGAUUGAAGAGGAAGACGAAGGCGACGACAAAAUUGACGAUAAGAGCAAUGAAUCUGAAGACAAGUCAACGCCGGAAGUGACCGACAAUACGACUACAGAAGAGCCAAACGGUGGCGAAGAGAGCGAUGAAUACGACUCUCCUGAAGAGCAGACGCCAGAUGUGCCUCAAGAAGGCGUCAAACUGUUGAUUAUAUUAGUCGAUGGUUUUCGCUGGGAUUACGUCUCGCGGGAUAAGUCACUGAAAGGGUUUCGGCGAAUCGCGACGAACGGUGUUUCGGCCGAAUACGUCAAACCCAUAUUUCCGGCCAACUCUUACCCCAACUGGUACUCAAUAGUGACCGGUCUGUACGGCGAGAGUCACGGAAUGAUUCAAAACUAUAUGUACGACCAAACGCGGGACGAUGUCUUCGCGAUGGCUCCGCAUCCAAACGCAUCACAUAAUCACUGGUGGAAUCAAACGGAACCACUUUGGGUGACGGCCGAAAAGAAUGGCAUCAAAUCAGCCGUAUAUUUAUGGGACGGAUGCCAAGUAAGGAUUGGGGGCAUAAAGCCAUACGUGUGUCACAAAUACAAAGCUCUAUACGAUUCCGACGACGCAAACAAUGAAACUCGGAUUUAUAUAAAAAAUAUUUUGGACGACUUUUCCAAUGAUAAAUAUAGACUCGCUUUACUGUAUUACGAGUUUGUGGAUCACACCGGUAUGUCUUGGCCUUUAAAUAUAUUAUGUCACGCCUACGGCCCCCGAUCUCGCAAAACUCGGAAAGCCAUUCGAGACGUCGAUCGCAUGAUUGAUGAGUUGUACGACUCGAUCGAAGACAGAAAGAUAGACAAUGACGUGAAUGUAGUGAUUGUCUCCGAUCACGGGAUGAUUGGCAAAGAGGGCUCACAAGUCAUUCACAUGAAAGACAUUCUCGAUUUUAAUGACAUCGAGCUAUUCCUCGGCGAGGGAUCCGUUUCGCAGAUAUUACCCGAAGAGGGCAAAGAGGAAGAG